AUGCUGUCAGAAACAAAAGUACAAUAUUCUCAUAACCUUCAAAGCAAAGGAUUAAAGCUUGAAGAUAUCAAUGAGCAUGGUGGAUACGCUAAUAUUGACAAGAUAAUGGCUGGAUCGGCAUUUUCUUCUCGUACUUCUUUUGAAGUGUCAUCCAAGAUAAUAAGAGGUGAGAUGAGUCAGUAUUAUCUCUUCCCUCCUAGAGACGGUUUUUCAUCAGAAUUUAUACGUCAAAUAGAGAAUAAAUCCAUCAAUGAGAAACCAAAACCACCUGGAUAUGAAGUCGGACUACUUCGUAAAAGGGCUAUUCCUGAAGUCGCUCCUCGACCAGUACAGCAAAGUAACGAAAAAGUCAAGGUGGAAACCCAUGUCAAACGAUCUUCAAAUUCUAUUAAGCGUCUUUCGGACUCUAUGUUGUUUAACUCCAUGAGCAUUAGUAUCCCUUGGUGUAUUUCUCUUAGCAAUAUCAGAAGUAUUCUGACAAAUCUUACUAUGCCCAACCCGGACAAAUGUGUUCAAAACAUUCACAUAAUUAUGGACAAGCACACUGGAAAGACCUUGGAUCAUGCCUACAUAGAGGUUUUAUCCGAUAAACAGACUAUUGUCGAAGCCAUCAAGACCUACAGACGCCCUCCAGUAAAAGGUCGAAGGCUAUCUUUGAGCGAGAGUUCACAAGAUGAUUUGAUGAGUGACCUUUAUCCAGGCUGGAAAGACUCGCUUGGCAUUAGUUCUUUCAAAGCAAACGGUGAUGAUACUAACAUCCAAAAUCAGCCUGGGUUGAUUGAACGGGAAGACUACGAGGCUCUUUUGGCAGUAUGUCGCGACUUCAAGUUGCACUUUUCUCGAAAAUGUGCCGAACGCCCUUUUGAGCACUUUAUUUCCCUUUUAAUCAAAUACCCAUGGGAUCAGCCACAAAGAAUUACCACUCUCCAACGAGAUCAUCUCUACGAAUAUUACAAGCAAGCAACAGGAAUUCUUAAAGAGCAUCUCUUUAGGCAUCAGGCAAUCUUUGAUCCAACUCUCUUGCAACGCAUGGUAAGAGGUGCCAUUCAGUCGCCUGGGCUUACUGUUCCGCAAAAGAAAGGGAUUUUAAAGGCGAGUUUGUGCGUAUGCCCUGAUGAUCUCUCUCAUCUACUGGUUCAAAAGUCCCCAGAAACGACCGCCACAGAAGACUCUGCACCACCUUUUGAAAACUCAUUCUUUUCAAUUCAAAUCUAG